AUGUCCAGAGUCAAGAGAAUUGCCAAAGAACUUGAAGAGUGUCGCCAGGAUUCCAAGUCGGGAGUUUCCCUUGAAUUGGUGAAUGAAUCGGACUUGACCCAUUUGACUGGAUACUUCAAAGGCCCUCCAGGUACACCAUACGAGGGCGGUCUUUUCAAGGUGGACAUUAAUAUUCCAAACGAGUAUCCAUUUAAGCCACCGGUGAUGAAGUUCACCACCAAAAUCUACCACCCCAACAUUUCGUCCGUCACUGGAGCCAUUUGCUUGGACAUUUUGAAGGACGCGUGGACGCCCAUCUUGACUUUGAAGUCGUCGUUGAUUUCGUUGCAGUCUUUGCUACAAUCGCCAGAGCCCAACGAUCCUCAAGAUGCCGAGGUGGCCAAACACUACAUCAGCAACAAGAAAUCCUUUGACGACACUGCUGCAUACUGGACCAAGGUGUACGCUACUGACGACAGCGAGGCCAGCUCGCAGCCCCGUGACUCGGCCUUGUACGGCAUUGACGAUGAGAUUGUGAGCCAGUUUGAGAACAUGGGUUUCGCCAGAUCCACCACCAUUGAGGUUUUGAGAAGAAUGGGCGUCAAGUCUUACAACGGCGUGAGCAACCGUGCGGAGUUGGAAAACAAGAUCUUGGAGGAGUUGUUGAAGGAGAGCAACUAG